AUGUCGAGCGAAGACUUCGGUGAUCUUUUGGAUGUACUUUAUCCUCCGAAUAAGUAUAAACUCGAACGAAAACUGUGUUUGGUUUGCCGUUCAGUGAAAUCCAGGAUGGUCACAAAAACAGAGCAGAAAAAGCAAAUUUUAGUGUUUUGUAAAAAUUGUGUGCAAAUAAGACCGGUUUUCAUUACUUAUGAAGACUUAGUCGAUCCAUAUAAAAUAUGUAAAAUUAUAUACAAAUAUAGAAAGUGGCCACCUCUGUUUAGCGUAAGGAAAGAAUCACGGCCGAUAGAAAUUUGUUGUGAUUGUGCCAAGUGGAGGGGAGCAUACCAUCCAGUAGAAUAUAUAUAUAAAAUAUAUACCUAUUUUGAAGUUGUUAACAUGGACGAGCAAGGCGAUGAGGUGCUAUUUGAUGAAGACAGCAACGAUAGCGGUAUUUCACUAGACUGUUCCGUUGUAGACCAUAAAGUUGAGGAGAGCAGUGGGUUGCAAAGUCACGAAUUUUUAAGACUAUCCUCAUCAGAGACGCUUUGUGUUACUCAAAAUUAUGUGCUUUGCGAAAAUGUGAAAUUGUGCUAUGUCUGCUAUUAUCGAAUAGUGUCGCCAUUCCAGGAAAACCUGCAGCACAUACAUAUAACAGAACAUUUUAGUGCUGCGGGCUCCGAUCUUCCUGGGACAUGCCAUAACUGUUUCGUCUGCGGUGAAAGUUUAUAUACACUCUGUCUAAUCAAAUAUUGUACAUCAUGUAAAAAUUAA